CGAAAAUGUCGAGUUUUUUCAAGAAUAAUAAAAUCAUGGCUGAAGAGAAAGAAAAAUUCAUGGUUCCACCAUGGUUAGGGCCAUUGCUCAAGACUAAAUUUUAUUAUCAAUGCUCUGUAAAUAACCAUAAAAAGUAUGAAACUUUCUUUUGUUACCAAUGCACGGGAAAAGCUUUAUGCGAUUUUUGUGCAGAAUCCGAGGAACAUCGAGGCCAUCCAUUUCUACGAGUUUUUAGGGCUUCUUUGAGACCAGCUCUCUUGUUUUUGGACAUAACAAAACUACUCGAUAUAUCUGGUAUUCAACCCUUCAUAAUAAAUAGCAAGCAGAUUCUGUAUCUAAACACAGAUAUACAACAGGUGAAACAGAAGCCGAAAAACGGGUCUAUGUGUAAAAUUUGCUAUCGUCAAAUUAAGGAUUAUAAGUACGAUUUUUGCUCAAUAGGCUGCAAGGUAAAGUGCUAUGAAAAUAACAUCGAGUUGUACGAGAAAAAAUGUAGUGGCAAGAGAUCCUUAUGCUUGGAUUCGAAUGGAGAUGUCCCUUCGAUGGAGACUAAUGAAGUUGAAAUAAUAGAGAGUAGUACAAGUAGAGAAGACAAUAGAUUUAAACGUAAAAGAAGUAGAAAAGGAAUCCCACAUAGAGCUUCUUUCUUUUAAACAAUCUAAUCAGUAUACUUAAUCGGGUUCAUAAGAACUGGCAAUUGACCAUAUCGAGCCCUAUGAAGACUUUAGUUUUAAUCAACUAUGAAUGUAUAAUUUAGUAUAUAGAGUAGCGUAGCGGGAUUUUGUUAGUUUAAAGAC